CUGCACCGUACCCUCCGCCCCUUCAGUCUGGGGCUCCGGGUAAAGUUUCAGCCUCCGCACGUGACUCGCUAUGGCCGCUGCCGUCGCCCCGCGCCCCUGAGCCGCGGCCCCCCGGACGGCUCCUCUCCCGGGACCCCGCACCCUGAUGCCGAGCAGCACCAGGGCGCUGGGUUAGGGCAGACGCUGUGCUCGCGGGCACCCCGAACGGGUUGCGUCCCCCGCUGCGAGCAUCACAGGACAUGGCCCCCUCAGCCACCUAGCUGGGGCUCAUCUAGGAGUGGCAUCCUUUUUGGUGCCCUGAAGGCCAGCUCUGGACCUUCCCAGGAAAAGUGCCAGCUCACAGAACUGCUUGACCAAAGGACCGGCUCUUGAGACAUCCCCCAACCCACCUGGCCCCCAGCUAGGGUGGGGGCUCCAGGAGACUGAGAUUAGCCUGCCCUCUUUGGACAGCAGCUCCAGGACAGGGUGGGUGGGCUGACCACCCAAACCCCAUCUGGGCCCAGGCCCCAUGCCCCGAGGAGGGGUGGUCUGAAGCCCACCAGAGCCCCCUGCCAGACUGUCUGCCUCCCUUCUGACUGUGGCCGCUUGGCAUGGCCAGCAACAGCAGCUCCUGCCCGACACCUGGGGGCGGGCACCUCAAUGGGUACCCGGUGCCUCCCUACGCCUUCUUCUUCCCCCCUAUGCUGGGUGGACUCUCCCCGCCAGGCGCUCUGACCACUCUCCAGCACCAGCUUCCAGUUAGUGGAUAUAGCACACCAUCCCCAGCCACCAUUGAGACCCAGAGCAGCAGUUCUGAAGAGAUAGUGCCCAGCCCUCCCUCGCCGCCCCCUCUACCCCGCAUCUACAAGCCUUGCUUUGUCUGUCAGGACAAGUCCUCAGGCUACCACUAUGGGGUCAGCGCCUGUGAGGGCUGCAAGGGCUUCUUCCGCCGCAGCAUCCAGAAGAACAUGGUGUACACGUGUCACCGGGACAAGAACUGCAUCAUCAACAAGGUGACCCGGAACCGCUGCCAGUACUGCCGACUGCAGAAGUGCUUCGAAGUGGGCAUGUCCAAGGAGUCUGUGAGAAACGACCGAAACAAGAAGAAGAAGGAGGUGCCCAAGCCCGAGUGCUCUGAGAGCUACACGCUGACGCCGGAGGUGGGGGAGCUCAUUGAGAAGGUGCGCAAAGCGCACCAGGAAACCUUCCCUGCCCUCUGCCAGCUGGGCAAAUACACUACGAACAACAGCUCAGAACAACGUGUCUCUCUGGACAUUGACCUCUGGGACAAGUUCAGUGAACUCUCCACCAAGUGCAUCAUCAAGACUGUGGAGUUCGCCAAGCAGCUGCCCGGCUUCACCACCCUCACCAUCGCCGACCAGAUCACCCUCCUCAAGGCUGCCUGCCUGGACAUCCUGAUCCUGCGGAUCUGCACGCGGUACACACCCGAGCAGGACACCAUGACCUUCUCGGACGGGCUGACCCUGAACCGGACCCAGAUGCACAACGCUGGCUUCGGCCCCCUCACCGACCUGGUCUUUGCCUUCGCCAACCAGCUGCUGCCCCUGGAGAUGGAUGAUGCGGAGACCGGGCUGCUCAGCGCCAUCUGUCUCAUCUGUGGAGACCGCCAGGACCUGGAGCAGCCGGACCGGGUGGACAUGCUGCAGGAGCCGCUGCUGGAGGCGCUAAAGGUCUAUGUGCGGAAGCGGAGGCCCAGCCGCCCCCACAUGUUCCCCAAGAUGCUAAUGAAGAUCACUGACCUGCGAAGCAUCAGUGCCAAGGGGGCUGAGCGGGUGAUCACGCUGAAGAUGGAGAUCCCGGGCUCCAUGCCGCCUCUCAUCCAGGAAAUGCUGGAGAACUCAGAGGGCCUGGACACUCUGAGUGGACAGCCGGGGGGUGGGGGGCGGGACGGGGGUGGCCUGGCCCCCCCGCCAGGCAGCUGUAGCCCCAGCCUCAGCCCCAGCUCCAACAGAAGCAGCCCGGCCACCCACUCCCCGUGACUGCCCACGCCACAUGGACACAGCCCUCGCCCUCUGCCCCGGCUUUUCUCUGCCUUUCUACCGACCAUGUGACCCCGCACCAGCCCUGCCCCCACCUGUCCUCCCGGGCAGUACUGGGGACCUUCCCUGGGGGACGGGGAGGGAGGAGGCAGCGACUCCUUGGACAGAGGCCUGGGCCCUCAGUGGACUGCCUGCUCCCACAGCCUGGGCUGACGUCAGAGGCCGAGGCCGGGAACUGAGUGAGGCCCCUGGUCCUGGGUCUCAGGAUGGGUCCUGGGGGCCUCGUGUUCAUCAAGACACCCCUCUGCCCAGCUCACCACAUCUUCAUCACCAGCAAACGCCAGGACUUGGCUCCCCCAUCCUCAGAACUCACAAGCCAUUGCUCCCCAGUUGGGGAACCUCAACCUCCCCCCUGCCUUGGUUGGUGACAGAGGGGGUGGGACAGGGGUGGGGGGUUCCCCCUGUACAUACCCUGCCGUACCAACUCCAGGUAUUAAUUCUCGCUGGUUUUGUUUUUAUUUUAAUUUUUUUUGUUUUGAUUUUUUUUAAAUAAGAAUUUUCAUUUUAAGCACAUUUAUACUGAAGGAAUUUGUGCUGUGUAUUGGGGGGAGCUGGAUCCAGAGCUGGAGGGGGUGGGUCCGGGGGAGGGAGUGGCUCGGAAGGGGCCCCCACUCUCCUUUCAUGUCCCUGUGCCCCCCAGUUCUCCUCAGCCUUUUCCUCCUCAGUUUUCUCUUUAAAACUGUGAAGUACUAACUUUCCAAGGCCUGCCUUCCCCUCCCUCGCACUGGAGAAGCCGCCAGCCCCUUUCUCCCUCUGCCUGACCACUGGGUGUGGACAGUGUGGGGCAGCCCUGAAAGGACAGGCUCCUGGCCUUGGCACUUGCCUGCACCCACCAUGAACCAUGGAGCAGGGGCAGAGCAGGGGCCCCGGGACACAGAGUUUUCCCAGACCCGGCUCCUCGGCAGAGCUACCUCCCAUCAGGGCCCACAUCAUCUAGGCUCCCCAGCCCCCACUGUGAAGGGGCUGGCCAGGGGCUCGAGCUGCCCCCACCCCCGGCCUCAGCCACCAGCACCCCCAUAGGGCCCCCAGACACCACACACAUGCGCGUGCACACGCACACACACACACACACACACACUGGACAGUAGAUGGGCCGACACACACUUGGCCCGAGUUCCUCCAUUUCCCUGGCCUGCCCCCCAACCCCAACCUGUCCCACUCCCGUGCCCCCUCCUUACCCCGCAGGACGGGCCUACAGGGGGGUCUCCCCUCACCCCUGCACCCCCAGCUGGGGGAGCUGGCUCUGCCCUGACCUCCUUCACCAGGGUUUGGGGCCCCUUCCCCUGGAGCCCGUGGGUGCACCUGUUACUGUUGGGCUUUCCACUGAGAUCUACUGGAUAAAGAAUAAAGUUCUAUUUAUUCUA